UUUGAAUCUUAUCGAAAUUUACGUAAUUUUAAAAGGAAUAAACUGUUGGAAAAAUAUUUUCUACCUUUCAAGAAAGCCAACUGGGAAACAUUCUCGCAGACCUUCGCCACUAAUGCUUACUAUUAUCAUAACAAAAACUCCCUUUUUAUUCCCCUCGGCGUGCUACAAGGACAAUUUUUUAAUCCAUAUUUGCCCAAAUAUGUAAACUAUGGUGCUCUCGGCUAUGCUUUAGGCCAUGAAGUUGUCCAUGGUUUUGAUAACGUGGGUAGCAAAUACGAUUCAAAUGGAAAUACAAACGAUUGGUGGCACAGCGAAACUAAUCAGGAGUUUGUUCGGAUGACUAAAUGCCUUAUUAGGCAAUAUGGAAAAUUUCAAGACGAAACUACCCAUUUAAAGCUUGACGGAGAGCUUACGUUAGCUGAAAAUAUGGCCGAUAACGGAGGCCUUCGACAAACUUAUAAUGCCUAUAAACGUUGGGCUUUACGUCAUGUUCCCGAAGUUAAAUUACCUGGUCUGGAUUUCACUCCCAAACAACUGUUUUGGAUUUCGGGUGCUCAGCUGUGGUGUAAAGUGUUAAAUAACGAAACUUCGUACAAGCAGUGGCAAGGAAGGAGGCAUUCGCCGUAUAUAUGCCGUGUGUUGGGGCCUUUGCGUAAUAUACCCGAAUUUUCACAAGACUUUAAUUGUGCUGAAGGCUCGCCGAUGAAUCCUUUAACUAAAUGUUAUGUUUGGUAA